AUGCAUCAUGAUUCUUGUCCAUUGGACUGUAAGGUUUAUGUAGGCAAUCUUGGAAACAAUGGCAACAAGACCAAAUUGGAACGGGCUUUUGGCUACUAUGGACCACUCCGAAGUGUGUGGGUUGCUAGAAACCCUCCCGGCUUUGCUUUUGUUGAAUUUGAAGAUCCCCGAGAUGCAGCUGAUGCUGCCCAAGAGCUAGAUGGAAGAACACUAUGUGGCUGCCGUGUAAGAGUGGAACUGUCAAAUAGUGAAAAAAGAAGUAGAAAUCGUGGCCCACCUCCCUCUUGGGGUCGUUGUCCUCGAGAUGAUUAUCGUAGGAGGAGUCCUCCACCUGGUCGCAGAUCUCCAAGAAGGAGAAGCUUCUCUUGCAGCCGGAGCAGGUCCCUUUCUAGAGAUAGGAGAAGGGAGAGAUUGCUGUCUCGGGAGAGAAAUCACAAGCCGUCCUGAUGUUCUCUAGGUCUCAUAGCCGAUCUAGGUCAAAUGAAAGGAAAUAGAAGACCCGUUUGCAAGAGAAGUGGUGUACAGGAAAUUACUUCAUUUGACAGGAGUAUGUACAGAAAAUUCAAGUUUUGUUUGAGACUUCAUAAGCUUGGUGCAUUUUUAAGAUGUUUUAGCUGUUCAAAUUUGUCUUUUGAAACAGUGACACAAGGUUUAAUUCUCUGUGGUUUGAAAUGGAUCAUAUGAGGCAAUGUAAUACCAAUAAUUGUUACUUUACAAUGUUCCCUUAAGCAUAAUUGAAUUUGCUUUGAAUUUUAGUUAUGCAUAGACUGAUAAUAAACCUCUAAACCUGCCCAGCAGAAGUGGGAAUUUUUUUUUACUACAGAAACAAUUGGCAGAAAUUGAACUAAGAUUUACUUUUUUGAGAUAUAGGAUGCAGCUGUAGUUGAACAAGCAGUCUUUAGAAGUUGCUGUGAAACACAAGCCAUUGGGUAAAAAACGCUGCACUAUUAAAUUAGAGGUUUUUGAAAAAGCCAACUCAUGUUUAUCCUGGGCAGAGGUUGCCUAGUUGGUAUAGAAUCUUAAGUUUCAAGAAAGUUUAUCUUUGCUUUAGGUCAUAAGUUCCUUAUUUGAUUGCUAUAUAUGAAUACAUGGCUGUUCAUGACAUUAUGUGCAAAUUUGAGAUUUCAGAAAUGACCUGCCAGUUUAAGGGUACAUUGUAGAGCCGAACUUUGAGUUACAGUGCAAGAUUUUUUUUCAUGCUGUCAUUUGUAAUAUGUUUUGUGAGAAUCCUUGGGAUUAAAGUUUCGGUUACAAAUUGUUGUUUAACUUGAAAGCCUGUUUUUCCUUGCAAACUCAAAUCUGUGAGCUUGGUAUAAAGUCCAGGUAUAACAUUCCUAUUGGAAGCCAUACUUAUAUUUUCUUGUAAAGUGCUUUUGAAUUAAUAAAAUAUUAGCAUAAUUGUGUAAUAGU